CCUCGCCCAUUUCUCUCGGCGAAGACUUUGGGACUCCAGGACGUCUUCCUGUCGGUGGCCAGAUAACCACACAGCACAGCUAGCUAGCCCGUGUCAAUAUAUUAGGUGUACGUGUAUUAGAUUAGGUGACCCCAUUUUAAAGGACUACUAUAGGUCACCUGCAGCCGUUUACCAUCCCCAGCAAGUCGGAGGAGUCAGCCACCAUGGGAGCCUUCAUUGCCAAGAUGCUCCUUCCCACUGUCAGUAGUUUGGUGUUCCUACCUACAGCCAGUGUUGCUGCCAAGAGAGGCUUCCACAUGGAGGCCAUGGUCUACUUCUUCACCAUGUUCUUCACCGCGAUUUACCAUGCGUGCGAUGGGCCGGGCCUCUCCAUCAUAUGUUUCAUGAAGUACGACGUUCUGGAGUACUUCAGUGUGUACGGAACAGCCAUCUCUAUCUGGGUCACGCUGAUAGCUUUAGGGGAUUUUGAUGAGCCAAGGCGUUCUACUCUGACAAUGUUUGGGAUAUUGACCUGUGCCGUGAGGAUCUACCAGGACCGUUGGGGCUACGGCAUCUACUCUGGACCAAUUGGAUCAGCGGUAUUCAUAAUCACUGUCAAAUGGCUGCAGAAAAUGAAAGAGAUAAAAGGCCUGUACCCAGAGAAGAGUGUUUACACCCAGCAGGUGGGACCAGGAUGCUGUUUUGGUGCCCUGGCGCUGAUGCUUCACUUCUACUUUGAGGAGUGGGACUACGCCUACGUGCACAGUUUUUACCACCUGUCCAUGGCUGUGUCCUUCGUGCUGCUGCUGCCCAAGAGGAACCGCUAUGCUGGGACGGACGGAAGCCCUGUCAAGCUCAGCUGCUACACCCUCCUCUGCUGUACACCCUUUCCCGCUUCGGCAAAGAAGAAGGAUCAACAAAAGACCCGGUCUCAUUCCAUCUGGACCAUUCCAACUGAACGGCCCUGGACACGGACCAGUGGUUCACCAACACUUCCUCUAUACAACUCACCUACUACACCUGUUAAGAAAGCACUGGACAUCAACACUACACCUGUUAAGAAAGCACUGGACAUCAACACUACACCUGUUAAGAAAGCACUGGACAUCAACACUACACCUGUUAAGAAAGCACUGGACAUCAACACUACACCUGUUAAGAAAGUACUGGACAUCAACACUACACCUCCUAAGAAAGCACUGGACAUCAACACAACACCUCCUAAGAAAGCACUGGACAUCAACAUUACACCUCCUAAGAAAACAAUGGACACCAACAUUACACCUCCUAAGAAAACAAUGGACAUCAACAGUACACCUCCUAAGAAAACAAUGGACAUCAACACUACACCUCCUAAGAAAACACUGGACAUCAACACUACACCUCCUAAGAAAACAAUGGACAUCAACAUUACACAUGUUAAAAAAGGAUGGGAGAAUAUCAGUACUAAAACUGUUAGGAAAGCACUGGACUUCAGCAACCUAAACCCAGUUCACAAAGGACUGGACAUCAACAAACUCAAAGAACAGAAUGGAUGGAAGUGACUCAACAAGGCCGAUAAACUUUUAUGAGUCAGUUGGUCUUGGUGAUGUCCAGACAGAGAACAGAAGAAGAUGUCAUACAAUGUCACAGCAACAAAGACAUCAUUCUCUAAAGACAAACCCUGGCCUACGCCCUUAAUGACCCAAAAAGUAUGUCUGUCUCUUCUGUCUGUACAUAAAACAAGAGAGCAGCCCUCUACUUCAAAACACAUAGACUGACAGGGAGAGGGUUCCCAAAGCAAGCCAGUAAAACUGACUGGAAAAUUUGUGAGGAGCACAAACCGUCAGACAUUUUAUCUCUCCAAGAUGAAUAAAUUGUCUUUCAAAUGUUUCUCAGGGGAGGGACCCUUCGUCUGCACCUCUUUCUCUGAGAAAGAAACUAUGCAGUUAAAUUUGGUUAUGAAAUUUACAAGAUUGUAAAAGCACAUUUUACUCGCUUUAUAUAUCCCUUAAAUGCCAAACAUGUCAUCUGGUGCAUUUGAGUGCAGAGGAAUACGGCCCAGACACAAAGCUGCAACCAACUGUGGCAGUUCAGAAUGUUUAGAAUGUUUUUGAGGCAGCAGGUAUUUAUUCCAGCCAAGUGAGUGACCAAGAAACUUUAAUAUCAGAAUAAUAACCAUAAUUAUAUGCAGACGAUUGUGGCACUGGGAACUUCCACUUUGCUCACUUCGCAGCCAUAAUUAACUGUGUUCUAUGUGUUUAUUUACGGGCCAU